AUGGCGAGUAGCACCAAGAAACGACCGAAGUCGCCAUCAACCAGUCAGGCCACUCCGUCCAAACGCGUACGAAAAGUGUCAUCUUCAGCUAGCCAUCCCGCUCCAUCUAAACGGCAGACAUUCAAACAGAAAGCAUCAUGCGCAAAGUCUGUUUUUCGUGGCAAGGAAGAUCCCUACUUUCCUAGCAACGAUGCACACGCUGCAUCGUUGCCCACCAGCGAUGACUGGCGGUUUCGAGUCAAAGUCAUCUCGUCAUCCACAGAUCUUAAUAACGAUCUCUUCAAGGAAGCUGUGCAGGGCCUAGUCAAGAUAUGCUUUCCUCAGGGUGUACUGGAAACGCUUGGCAUACAAGUCCUCGAAGAGCACAUGCAUACGGAAAACGCGCCAGAAGAGAACAUUCGUAAAAUGGUCCAGAUAUUCCGUGCUGAAAUGGCUCAUCGCGUCACCUGGAUGCUUGCUGAGUAUAUGGACACUUCUGUAAAACUGGAGGCUGGGGUGGAGGCCAUCGUUGCAGCCAGCGCGAAUCUGCACGGUUCCACACUUGGGGACGACGUGUUGGGUGAUGUGGUGGCUGGCAUGCAUCGCUUACGAGAGCGAAUUCCAAGCAAUUCGACACACGAGUUAUCUAACGGUGCUGUCUUUCAAGAGUCAGCUAAGCCUAGUUCGCCUAUACACCUUGAAGCUUCGGACAAGAACACUGGCAACCUCCCUUCUGGUGACAUUUUUGACUUGGAACAGUCGGCAAGUGAAACGUUCACCCCAACGGUAAGAAAGAGGAAGGAAAAGAGCAAGGCAAGAGAACUUGACAUGAGGGGAGAAGAGACACCAAACAAUGCGGUAAUCAAUGUCGAUACUUAUCCAACGAAACCAGCCAGUAUGAAUACCCCCACACCAGCCCUGAUGCAGAGAGAGAAAAAGAUCUCUACCUCUUGGAAAUGGGAUAUCCUCCCACAAGAUGUCGCCUUCGCAGAUGUUAGUGACUGCUUCAACACUGCCGCUGACCUUUUCGCCUACCAUGCUCUGCCACUUGCGAAGAAGAAAUUCGGAACCGCCGCGAAGCGCAAGGAGCUACGCCACAGAAUGGAGGCUAUGCUAGAAGAAACGCCACUCUCCGAGUAUGAGAAAUGGAUGCAAAGCUACAGUAAACUGAUUGAAGGGGACCGCACAAUGUUGAUUCGGGCUGAAGCCAAUACAAUAUCGCUAGGACGGAGUACCACUGGAGCCACGCCUGCGCCUAUCGAUAUCCGACAUGUCCGGGAAUCAAGAAAAAGCGUUGGGCAUAGCACCAGCCAAGAAGUGGGACGUUCCGAGAAAACCAGCACACGCAGACCAAAUCAGAAUUCAGUGAAAGAUGAAGCCGUUUCCAACGUGAGCGUUAUAGAAACGAACUCACUGACCAAACCGCAAGCAGAAGUCACAGCGUCCACUACCGCCGUCAGAAACCGCUCGGUCGAAGCUUGCGUUCAUGGAGCGCAAAUGGAUGGUGGCAAGGGUUUUAAGGCAAAAGGAACCCAGCUCUCUCGCAAUAGUGCAGGGCAUUCCAACGAAAGCAGCCGUAAUCUCAUCGAUGCAACGGGCUCAAGAGCGGCUGGGGCUACUCUCUUAAGCAGCCAAACGCCAAUAGUUGAUCUGCUAUUGGGCUUUUCUGCGCCUUGCAGUAAGGACGUGAAUGCCUCAGUAGAAAGUUUGAUCACAAACUUUGCGAAGAGGUCUUCUCUCACUUGUAUGAAAUUGCAGAAAAGCAACGGGACUACGAGGAUGAUCACUCUUCAACAGUUGCGCAAAAGUCUUCAUGGGCGUUACAAAGGUCGCGCAGAAGUUUACAACAGUCACACAGAGGUUAGCUUGAGGAGAGACUUUGAGAAGUUGUUCAUCCCUUGGGUAAUUGAGAGUCACAUCGAGUUCCCCGAGCUAAAGCAACACGGUUGUACACCAGUGUUUGAUAUCCUUUGUGAUCCCAUGAUCUCACUCAAACCAGAUUCAGUUUCCGUCGUGAAGGCUUCCAUUGUGAUGGCAUUACAUCAAAAGGGGCUCUCCAUAAAAUUACAGCCUUAUGGCAGAGGUGAAAACUUCGAAGAUGAGAUCGCUUCGAUCAUUUUCGAUACAAGGAUGACUAAUAGCUCAAAACGUCAUCAUUUAGAUAGAGCCUCUCGCCACAUUGCAUUUCUCCACAGGAAGAUAUUUCCUGAAUUGAAGGGCUCUGAUUUAGCAAAGACAUGGGAGACCAUUUCGGGUUUAAGUUGGUGA